ACUACCGAGAUUGUUAGUCUAGAUCUAUUGGCAAUCGAUAUCAAUGAAUUCUUAUCGAGCUGGGAGAUUUCACAUCUCCGAGAUCUAGCGACAGUACUAAGCUUCCAACGUGCCAUUUUCAGAGACAAAGAGGGAAAAUUUACACACCACGAGGACAAAUACCACGACCAUAAACCCCACACAGCACGCCGCAUCGCAAGCUCCCUUUAUCUCCCAAGCGAUGACCUCGUGGUCGAUUGUAUCAUCAAGCGAUCAACCGACUUCGUUGUGAAAUAUCGUGAAGGAGGCGAUAUACACGAGCGUCACUAUGAUUGGUUUCUGUCUCCUCCCAGGAUUGCAUCUGGCCUAAAAUGCAACCGAGCAGCAAUUUUUUUCGUUUACCUGGGCGAUGAGCCUGAAGGUGGAGAGACAUGCUUUCAUUUCCUGCAACGAUGA